GCCGGCCACUAUUGAAAACUUGAAUGCGAGCCAAGUCAAGCUCGCAGGACGGUCGUCAAGAUGGUUAAUCCAGGAAAGAGGAUGAACAUAUUGCAAGCCAUAUUGGCGUUACGGCAUGGCCCAGGGGCGGCAAUAUUACCACCUGAAAUCACACGAAUACAUAUGGAUUUUGCAAUGAAGUGGAACAAUGGACACUUUGGCCCUAGGAAAUUCUGGAAGACAUGCCUUCCCCGUCUUAAAUUCUGGAACCCAGCGAUUCCAAUGAUCGUAAACCGAACACUAGACCAAUCAGCACCAGCAAAAAUGUCGAUAUACUUCCGACAAGCAGCACUAUCUUCUGACGCCCCAUCGGCGCUUAGUACUAAGUUAAGCACAUUACCACUAGCCCAACAACCACGUUCGAGCACGGAAAAUGAGCACCCAGCGCCCGAACCCGAGGAGAACGAACGUGUCGUCACGAUUGAUAUGAAGGACGUACACUCAGAUCAGAUUCUAGCCGAAUUCCUGUCUAAAACAGGUGCCUCGCUUGUUCAACCCACGCCUGACGAGCGGUCGGAGAUGCGCCAGAUUGAAGAGCGUACCGAAAGGGCGGCUAUCGACCGCGCUAUUGUCAAGAAAUACAUUGAUGAUAAGAAUCGUGAGGAGCGAAUGAUGGCCAUGGCACGCCAAGAGGCAGAAGCUAUUAAGAUGGCGAAUCAAUGAUGAAAAAUGCCCUAAAAAUCCAACUCGAGGAGACUUACAAUAGCAGCAGAAAGAGAGGAGGCCAAGGAAAAGGAAAAAGGAUGGGAAUGAAUGAUAAUGACUUACCGAGACGGCCUCUUUACGUUUGAAUCGUCGCUCCAUUGCAUAAGACGUGUAUCAUACGAAACAACCAGGCGCAUAUAACCGCGGAUGGAAUGUAUAUGAAGAAAGGAAGUAUAUACCAGGCCUCCUAAAAGGGAGCUUCGCCUGAGCAGGAUACCUGCACACCGGGACCCGAAUGAAAAAAGGAAAUGAAUAAAUUCAACUUACAACGAAGACGACAUAUUUUUUGUUGUCCUCUCCCUCCUCUCCCUUACCCUACUUCAACCUCUUACACCAGACGAAAGUCACCUUGCAUACACUCUGAGAUAUUCUGCCCUGAUCCCCAUGGCUUAUCUCAAUUUUGCGUCAAGGAAGAUUGAAUUCAGACCACAUUCCUAUUCACCGUGGCCUCCUUAUAUAUUAAAGGUGCAUGGUUUAUUUUGUUGGCCUACAUCAAUAUCUGCCGUAAUUGAGCGCUAUUUUCGAUGAUCACUUCUUACAUGAGAACAGAAAGAUGUGAGCAAGUUACACUAGAAAACGCUGCAAA